AUCACUGUCAUCAUCAUCACCACGACCAGCAACCACUACCAGCACCACUUUCACCACCACCACCAUCAUCGCCACCACUGCCGCAGCUUCCCUUAAUCAGGCUGUUGUCUUUUCCGAGCCUCUGUGUCUCUCUACGGCCUCGUGUGCACGGCGACUGAGAGCUGGUCCAGAUUUCUAACCCCCGCACAAUGUUUGUUAAUUGUUUAAACAAGUGCAAGGUCGUCAAUAGGUGAUUCUAUUUUAGACCAAGUAACACUACAGACGGACGGACGGCUCCAUACAUCUGUCUGUGAAAAAGAGCAUUAUAGCUCAUCGGGUUCCUCCAGUAUAAAUACAUAUUCUGAUGUCUCCGCAGAGACAAAACAAGGGUGUUUUACACGUCCCAUCAGCCCCGUGGUGUUUUUGGGAGCGCACGUCCUGCUGCUGAGAUUACCCACUCCCAGAGACCGCUUGGUCAGUGGGCUUUGUCAACAAACUGCCUUUGUUUUCAUGUGAAAUGAAGGAGACAUUGCGAAAUUACUUUGUUACCUAUAUCCUCCAGAACGCCGCGAAUGAUGUGUUCUGUGCUCUUUCCAGCGAGAAUCUUAUUCGUGGUGUGUCACAUGUUGACGCCGAGUGACGUCACUCCACGUGCCGGCCGCUGUCUCGUGACGUCACAAGCGGGUGCCGGUGGCCAUGUCUGAGGAGGACGAGGCCGCGGCUAUCACGUCGUACAUCACGGCGCAGGAGGUGAAGUGCGUGCUGCACUGGUACGAGAGCUGGAGCGGCCCGCAGCGCGAGCGCUUCCUGCGCGACCUCGUGCUCAAGGCGACGCCGGGGAAGCUGUGCGCGCUGCUGGACGGGCUGCAGGCGCUCGGCGUGUCGGACCGCGCGCCCAGCAUCUUCGAGUGCCAGCUGCGCCUGUGGACGCAGUGGUUCGAGAGCUGGAGCGAGGACGAGCGCAACGGCUUCCUCAACCGCCUGGAGCAGGCCGACGCCGGCUUCGUGGCGCGCUUCUACCAGGAAGUCGCCGCCACCAGCUGCCAGCCGUAGCGCGGUGCCUCGCGGGGGAGAGAGGGCGGGGGGCGGGCACACCAUCCCAACGCGCGUUCGCGGAGCGGGACAAAUGCGGUCGGUGCAGUUAGGGAGAGAAUCGGUGAUUCCGCAGAUCCGGUUCGUUUCUCUUGAAAUGGGUGUCCCGCGUGGGGGGUUGUUUGCAAGGUGUCUGUGGGCGAGGGCCUUGCCCCAGCUGGGAAGUUCCAGGCUGACGACGGCAACAACAAGAACAGGAUGUUUGUGCCAUGUGUUGGUUAUAUUGCUGCAGGAGUGUAUGCUUAGCAAACUGCGUGCACUUUACAGACCCUUACUGGCUCUCAAUGUAAAAUAAUAGGCCUUGGCAGCAUAAAAUAGAUUUCUUUCUGUGUCAACCAGUCCCUGGCAAAUGAUCUCCCCCCACGGCGAUUCAAGGAAUUGUUGAUUGGCAAUCGAUAUUUUUUUCACAUUACGGUGAGUGGUAGCGCCUCUAGUGGCUGCAGGGGCGAUGUGAUCCCCUUACAUUCAAAAUCGAUAUGAACACGCGUGCUUCAAUGCAUGUAUUGCUAGGUCAGUUGAUAUCAAUCGAUAAAGCAAUCUACCGCUGCCUGUCGGUAUAACAUAAAAGUGGUCUAUACAGGGUGCUCACCGAAGGCGUUGAUCAGACUCCCUUGUACCGAUGAACAUGUGCGCGGAGCUGCGCCGCUUGUCUGCAGCACGUCACUCAAUCGGUUGUGGCACAGAAACCCCGCACAGUGUCACCCACAGCUGCCCAGGUGCCGCAGCAGUCGUCCCUAGGGUGGCCGAAGAGAACCUGUCCAUUUGAGCAUGAAGCCAGGAUCGCGAUCGAAGGGAAAGAAGACAUAGGCCACUGAGAUUUUAGGCGGCUUGCUCACCAUGUUAUGGGGAGGGGGGGGGACGGGCGUAAACGCAAGGCUAGAACGCGGGCCAAACAAAUCCAGCAUGAAGGAACGGAUAUUGGAACGGCAACAACCCCGACAACAGCAAUCCCAACAACAGCAAUCCCAACUUAACGCACAGACAUUGGAGGAAUUGAGCCAGGCUGAGCGACGGCGAGUUGGAGUUCGGGACGUCACGGGCGUUUUGCACAUUGACCCGCGUGCUGGCUGCGGAACGUCACCAGAGCGUGCCACGGAAGGUGCACGUGGCUCGGUAGACGGCGAGGUCCGGCUUGUGGCACGACUACGUAUUGCUGCGUGCCCAACCGGCGUUCCUCCGUGACAGGGCCUUCACGUCGGCGUCACGGUGACAGACGUGCGUCGGUCGUGCUGGUGGUUAAAGUGGGGGAAUCGGCAAUACCGCGGCAAAGCUUUGCCGUCGGAUCCGCGCCGGCUCGUCGUGUUGUGAAUUUUUUAAAAGUUCCUGACUCUUACGAAAUAUCAACCCUCGUUUAACGUGAGAGUGCAUUUGUUCAAGUCGGUUUACAUGACUGUGACACCUUAAACUGAAGCGGCGAAAGACAACAGCCCUUACCGACUCGUGGUGUGCCCUCCCCAUUAUACGAAGGAUUAUGCACUUCACGUUUGCCAUAUCCACGCGCAGAUUGUAGUUCACGCGGAUUUCAUUGAACAGUUCAGCCUUAUACAGGUGCUACAAACUUUUUUUUACGUCGUGAAAUUCAAAAUGAAUAAUAAUCCCGAUGAUAUAGUUCGUGGAAUUUCAGCGAUGAAAUCGCAAGAGCUUCGUGUGACUUAAUCGCACAAACCCACUUUGCCACCGGUGCGCUGUUUCAAUCACCCACAAGGGUCAGACAAGAGGCGUGACUUUGGGGGACACUGGACUUGAGAAAUGUAAAGCGGGUUUGCGCAACGUUUGAGUUUUCUACGUCACCAGCAGUGCGUGCGUGCGUGUUAUUGGGCAAUGAGUGCGGCUCCGGUAGUGAUCGUGGUAUGUACGUAUGUUGAACUUCUUUCGCACCAUACGUAGCCAACCGUGCUAAUGGGAGGUGCACCGUGUGGCUCGAGUGGACUGCGUCGUCGCUUCCCCCCCACCCCGUCGGGGCCUCUACUCGCGGGAAAAACGGUCACCUUGCUCAGCUAUCGUCAAUUUUGUUUUGUGACGUUAAGUUGGUAAACAGCUCCUCUUUGCGCGAACGUUCCGUUGUUAACGUGCUUGCUUGUGCGUGUGUGAGUGAAACAAAAAUCACAUUUCUUUUCUCAGAGUAUUGUGUUAUCCUACGUUUUAACGCGAUAAGUUUUGUUGCGUGACUGAUGUUUAAGCAAACGUAGAGUGUUUGAACUUUCCAUCAUAGUGCGCAAUGCACAGCGCAGGAUUUGUGUUCCUGAAUGAUGAGAUACAAUUUUAGGGUGCUUCCAACAUAGAUUUUUGAUCCAAACACAAGUGUAUACAUUAGGGAUGAGUUUAGGAAAAUUUUUGUUGGGAUAUUUAAACACAAUUUGAGAAUUUUUUUGGACUUUCGGAUCAUUUGCACUCUGUAGUAACGUGAAAUGUAUUUGCACUACAAUGGUGAUAUCACUCAAUGCCGUGCGAUACCUCUUAUGGUGGGAAAAUCGUACGAAUGACACCAUACCAGCGAUGUAAUUUUCGGUUGUCAGAUCGAUUUAAAAUUACAAAAAAAAUAUACAUUUAGGCCUGAUUUUCUAGUUUUUUUUAUUCAUUGAGAGCACAUCCCUGGUGGACAUUCAUUUGUGCGUGGAAUGUGCAGGACGCUCGCACCAAUGCACACAAACCAAAUUAUUUCCGUGAAAACACUGAGACGAUGCCAUGAGAGUGCACAGAUGCAUUUCUGUGAGCGUGUGCACCCCCCCCCCCACACAUUUGUGUUGCAAAUAACCCAGAAUGCACCACUUACAUACAAUUUAAACACGCAGGAUAAAAGCAUCCAUCCUUAAAUUGCAUCUGGCGCACGGCGAGGUUCGUGAAAAUCCUGUGUAGUGGCACUGAUGGGAAGAUUAGACCCUCUGUGUUUACAUAUUUUUUGUUGUUAUACGCUUUCCAUGGUACAUGUGGCAAACGUUACUUAUUGGUGGGAAGUGGUUUUGUUUCAGAAAUGUGGCCGUGAACCACUUUCACUGGCGGUUUUUUAGAUUCAUAUUUCAGAGAUUGCUGGAUUUAAAAAAAAUAAGGAAUGCAAAUCUCAAACCGUGACACAACAGUGGAAUGGCUAAAGUGUCGACACGUAGAAAACUGAAAAUUAAUCUCAUCAGAGUUCUGUUUAAUCUGUUUCGAAAGUAAUUACUGUAUUAGCAGUGCACAUAAUGCGUUGCAGUUCACUCAUACGCGCACGAUUAAUAAAGUAAACUUUUGACUGAA